AGAGGGUACAGGACACUCGUUGCAGACCAAGCAGAGGAACCUUCGCUUGAUCUGGAUACCGGACCGUUAGCCUCUUGUCCAUCUUUUGCGGACCUUGCCGGCGCCCGUUACAGCAGCAAGUAUUGAGGUCCAUCUUUUGUCAGUAUGAAGAUCCGAGAAGGAAAGAUCAUGAAUCAGGGGCAGCAGGAUGAGCUGGAGGUGUGGGGGUACCGACCCUGUUUGUGGAAAGUCAUCCUGGUGGGUGUUGGUGCGGUUUGCUCUGGUGGUCUCCUGCUGCUGCUGCUCUACUGGGUGCCUGAGUGGGGGGUCAAAGCCACCUGCACACCCACCUCACUGAAGGAGGCAAGCAGACUGCUUCUUAGGACCACGGAUGACUUUAGGCAGUGGUUUUGUGCCAAAGUACAUGUGAUUUGGGCUCCAGGGAAGACGCCCUUUGAUAGUCUGGAUCCGAUGUCCACAGCUCAGUUACAUGAUGGAGAUAAACACCACAGCCUCAUGGAGAAUCAUGAGAAAUUCACUCAGAGAGAAUCUUUUAAGGUCCAGUACUUCAACCACCACAGCAUCAAAUACUUCUGGAAUGAAGGGACACAGAACUUUGAAUCAUAUAAGGGCUUGGAGGAUACAAAUGUGAGCUGUGCACACAUUCACAGCAACCAUAGCUCUGGACUCACUAAAACCCUGCAGGACUACAGAGCUUUGUUUUUUGGCAAGAAUGAGAUUGACGUAAAAGUGCCGCCUUUAUUCAAGAUCUUUAUGAAAGAGGUCAUGAAUCCAUUUUACAUCGUCCAGAUGGGCAGUUUUAUUCUGUGGACCUAUCAAGGCUACUACGAUUAUUCCUUUCUAACUCUUACUAUGGCUAUUGUUUUAAUAGCCACCUCUCUGUACACCAUUAGAAAGAAUUAUAUGAGACUGCGUGACAUGGUGAUAGCACACUCUAUGGUACAGGUUUCAGUGUGGCGAGGAAAUACAGACAUUGAACAGAUCCUGUCGACAGAGCUGGUACCAGGUGAUAUCAUCACUAUUCCUGCAAACGGGAUGAUUAUGGCCUGUGACGCCGCGCUUAUCUGUGGCACCUGCACUGUUUCUGAAAGCAUGUUGACAGGGGAGAGUGCUCCAGUUACUAAGACCAGUGUGCCAAGUUCAGAAAGUAUCUAUGAUACAGAGGAACACAAGCAACACACCCUCUUCUGUGGCACACAUGUUAUCCAGAGUCGUGCUGAUACACAGGUGAAGGCGGUUGUGGUCAGAACAGGUUUUAAUACCGUAAAGGGCCAGCUUGUGCGUGCCAUCCUCCACCCUAAACCCAUGGACUUCAAACUGCAUCGCGACACUAAGCAUUUCACAAUGGUUAUGGCGGUGGUGGCAGUGAUUGACUUCAUCUACGUCAUCAUUAUUGAUGUCAUAAACCAGGUUUCUGUUGGGAUCAUAAUCACUGAUUCUUUGAAUCUUGUAGCAGUCUGUAUUCCUCCAAUGUUACCUGUGACUCUGACCAUUGGGCUUGUGAACGCUCAGCGGCGCAUGAAGCAAACUGGCAUCUUUUGCAUCAGUCCACAGAGAAUUAACAUUUCUGGUCUGCUGGACCUGGUCUGCUUUGACAAGACUGGCACUCUCACCGAAGACAGUUUGCACCUGUGGGGUAUUCAGAGAGCUGAAGUUGGCAUUUUUUCCCCCCCAGAGACUAAGGUAGCUACAGAGAGUCUUAUGAAGACGUCGUUUGUCGUCUGCAUGGCUACCUGCCACUCACUGAUCAGCAUUGAGGACAAACUCUGUGGAGACCCUAUAGACCUCAAAGUAUUCAGUGCUACUGGCUGGAUUCUCGAGGAGCCAAGAAAAGAACAGACUGCAAUUUACGAUGCUCACAUUUCCACAAUAGUCCGACACCCACAACAAUGGGGGGAGUUUGGCAUUGUGCGUCAGCUCCCCUUCUCCUCAGCGCUGCAGAGGAUGAGUGUGGUGGUCAGACAACUGGGACAAAAACACUUUGACAUCUACCUGAAAGGAGCCCCAGAGACUGUGGUUAACCUCUGCAAGCUGCACACAGUCCCGCAGAGUUUCACAGAGACGUUGGAGACUUACACCCGACAGGGUUUCAGGGUUAUAGCCCUGGCACAUCACCAUCUGGAGUCCAAGCUCUCCUGGCAAGAAGUCCAAAAUCUCAGUCGAGAGCAGUUAGAGACCAACAUGGACUUCCUAGGCUUGAUCGUCAUGCAGAACAAAAUCAAAGAACAGACUGCUGGGGUGUUGCUUAACUUGCGACAAGCCAACAUUCGGACUUUGAUGGUCACAGGUGACAACAUGUGGACAGCAAUAUCGGUGGCUCGAGAUUGUGGGAUGGUUCAAGCCCAUGAGAACGUUAUUAUUGCUGAUGCUGUGCCUCCAAACGAGGAGAACCCUGCGAGUAUCACAUGGCGCUACUCUGACAACCACGUUGUGAACAACAAUCAGACUGCUGAGGUCAGCUUUGCUGGGGAAGGGUUGAAGGACAAGGAGGAGGAGCCAGGCUAUCACUUUGCUGUAAGUGGCCAAGCCUUCGCUGUCAUUACACAACACUUUCCAGAACUUUUCCAGAAGUUCCUCCUAAGAGCCACUGUGUAUGCUCGCAUGACUCCAGACCAGAAGACUCAGCUGGUGGAAGUCCUUCAAAACAUUGAUUACAUGGUAGGGAUGUGUGGAGAUGGCGCUAAUGACUGUGGGGCCCUGAAGAAAGCGCACAGUGGAAUCUCUCUGUCUGAACUAGAGGCCUCAGUGGCUUCUCCCUUCACGUCGUCCAUCCCAAACAUCUCCUGCGUUACUACCCUCAUUAGGGAGGGCCGUGCGGCUCUUAUUACAUCCUUCUCUGUGUUCAAAUUCAUGGCCCUCUUCAGCAUCAUCCAAUUCUGCAGUGUCAAUCUUCUCAUCUCAAUUCCCAGCUGGUUUGGAAGCCUUCAGUUUGUGUUUAUUGACUACGGCAUUUGUUUAUUCCUUCCCUUUACAAUGAGUCUGAACCCCGCAUGCAAGAACCUGGUGCGACGUACCCCACCAUCCAGUUUGAUCACCGCCCAGAUGCUCUUCUCACUUUUGUCUCAGGUCUUCAACGUCGCGGUCUUCCAGUUUGGGGCCUUUUUCUUAGUACGACAACAGAGUUGGUAUCAUACACUUGACCCAAAAGUCUGCAAUGAGUCCAGUGUCAGUGAGCACAGCCCCAACACAACUGAAGAAGAUUCAGACGAGUUCAACUCCAAGAUCUUUGAAGGCACCACCCUCUUCUAUGUCUCUAUCUUCCAGUACUUGAUUGUUGCUGUUAUCUUCUGCAAAGGAAAGCCUUUCAGACGACCAAGCUAUGAAAACUGGCCAUUUGUUUUGUCCUGCUUUGUUUUGUAUGCUUUUUUCUUGAUCAUCAUGCUGUUUCCCAUUCCCGCCGUAGACAACCAACUGCUGAUCUCGUGUAUUCCCUAUGAAUGGCGCAUUACAAUCCUCAUCAUGGUUGUGGGACAUGUUGUUGUCUCUGUCACGCUGGAGAUUUUGAUCCAUGACACCUUAUGGAGGAUUGUUAAGGCCAAACUAAGUGCAAAGCGGACCACCAAAACACCCGCUGCUAACACCGAACAGAUGGUGAAUGCAUGUUGCUGUGGCCCGGCCUUCCUCUCCUGGAUCAACUCUCAGAAAAAACGUCCCCCGAAGACUAAAUACAAGCAUCUGGCUCUGGACCUGCAGGAGCAGGCUGACUGGCCUCCCGCACCUUCCACUAUCACCUAUGCCAGCUUCUCUGUCCCAUUUUAGAGCCAAACAUGAGUAAACAAUGUUAACGCCACCUUUGAAAGAUGCAUCUCUUUUCCUGAAAGACAAAUUGAAACUUAGAAAGGAACACUUAAUUUGAAUUUAAUAAUCAACAAUUCUGACCACAAUGUAUGUAACAAUGUAGGACUGUAUAAGUUUAUAUUAUGUACUUACCAUAUUUUCUGAACUACAGGGCGGAUAUAAGCCACACCACAACAUUUUAGAAGAAAAAAAUAUUUCUCCAUAUAUUAGUCGCACCAGACCAUAAGCCACAGUUAUUUACACCAAAAUAUUUUGUAAAUGUUUAUUUACAUUCCUUAAAAACCUACUGACAUUAAAUGUUCUUAUUUAAACGGAAAAAAAAAUGAAAGCAGGUCCAUUCUAUGUGUCAUACUUGAUCAUUUCGCGAUAUUGCCAUAUUUUUGCUGAAAGGAUUUAGUAGAGAACAUCGACGAUAAAGUUCGUAACUUUUGGUCGCUGAUAAAAAAAGCCUUGCCUGUACCGGAAGUAGCGUGACGUCACAGGUUGUGGAGCGCCUCACAUCUGCACAUUGUUUACAAUCAUUCCCACCAGCAGAAAGAGCGAUUACCCCAUUAAUUUGAGCGAGGAUGAAAGAUUUGUGGAUGAUCAAAGUGAGAGUGAAGGAUUAGAGGGCAGUGGAAGCGAUUCAGAUAGGGAAGAUGCUGUGAGAGGCGGGUGGGACCUGAUAUUCAAUUGGGAAUGACUAAAACAGUAAAUAAACACAAGACAUAUAUACACUCUAUUAGCCACAACACAAUCAGGCUUAUAUUUAAUAUGCCACAAAUUAAUCCGCAUAACAAACACCUCCCCCCUCCCGUCCAUAUAACCCACCAAUACAACUCAAACACCCGCACAACACACUCAAUCCCACAGCCCAAAGUACCGUUCACCUCCGUAAAGUUCAUACGGCACAUAUAUUUCCUCAAAGUUACGUACGUGACAUGCACAUAGCGGCACACACAUACGGGCAAGCGAUCAAAUGUUUGGAAGCCAAAGCUGCGUACUCACGGUAGCGCGUCUGCUAUCCAACUCAAAGUCCUCCUGGUUGUGUUGCUGCAGCCAGCCGCUAAUACACCAAUCCCACCUACAGGUUUCUUCUUUGCUGUCUUCAUUGUUCAUUAAACAAAUUGCAAAAGAUUCACCAACACAGAUGUCCAGAAUACUGUGGAAUUUUGCGAUGAAAACAGACGACUUAAUAGCUGGCCACAAUGGUGUCCCAAUAUGUCCGCACAAUCCGUGAUGUCAUGCGCAAACGUCAUCAUACCGAGACGUUUUCAGCAGAAUAUUUUGCGGGAAAUUUAAAAUUGCACUUUACUAAUCUAACCUGGCUGUACUGGCAUGUGUUGCAAUGUUAAGAUUUCAUCAUUGAUAUAUAUACUAUCAGACUGGGUGGUCGGUAGUAGUGGGUUUCAGUAGGCCUUCAAUUGUUUCCAAACAGUGUGUGUAACACGGCAGUAAAAUGGCUGAUCAAAAAAAACAGAAGUCAUCGUUAUGGACACACUAGCUGCGCAAGCUACCUCUCCAAUCAGCUAAUUAGAUUCAAUAACUCCACGUUGACGUUUUGGUGAAUUUACUGAGGAAUUUGUGAAACUCAAACAAUACAAAAAGAAUGCCAUUGUAAGUUAAUUUUACUAACACAGACAUUUUAGCUAAUGCUAACUACGUUAGCUUCAUUACAUUGCGAUAGCAUGUACACAUAUGCAUGGAAACAUUCUUACAGACAUCAUACAUGGGACAGUUUAGUAAGUAUGAAUUGUUUUAGUUAUAUUGUAAAACUACGCCUGUUGCUUGGAGUGAUGGAGGAAGAAUCCAUACGAGUAGCAACGCUAUGGACAGUUAGAAAAUGGAACAGCACUUUUGCUCGUGGUUCCAAGCUUUUAACAGCAAGUAACAUACCUUUGUGAAGUUGCCCCACACCCCACCUUGUCCAAAACACCCCAAACGUAUUCCAUUCGUUUGUGCCCUUACAGUUUUUAAAGUUAUUACGUUUAGUGUUUUUUUUAUAGUAUUUAAGUGUUAUUAUUCAUAACCAAACCUCCAACCAAGUCAACAUCUCCCCAAACUUGACCUAUUCAUGUGUGCUUUGUUUGUGCUUGUCUGUGCUGCAACAUAUUUUGUUGUAACUAUGACAAAUUUUAAGUUUCUCAAAAUUUCCCCAAAUCAGUCCCAAUUGUUUGUGCUUGUUUGUGUGGAAAAUGUUUUUGGUCUAAUUUAUAGUUUUCAAGUUAUCAACGGAUUAUAAUUCAUAAUAAUAAUCUAAUAAUAAUAACAUGUAAUAAUAAUCAACCGAGUUGUAAGCGAUAUUGUUACUCUUCGUUUUGGUCCAGCUAUUGACUUUGGAUAGAUACACCAUUUAUGUCUGCAUAGCUCGGCUCCAAGUUCCACAUUUCCGUCGACCUCAUUCUCUCGGCUUAACGUUAAUUAAACAUUAAUAACAAAACCAUAAAACGGCAUUAACUUAAAACUGUGAUAAUUAGGUCAAAAAAUGUUGCAGCACAAACGUAGCACAAACAAUUGUUGGUGGUCUGGGGAGGUUUUGACAAGGUUGGGGGGCUGGUUAUAAAUAUUGAAACAUUAAUAACUUAACAACUAUAGUAGUUUAACCAAGAAAUGUUGCAGCACACACGUAGCACAAACGAAUGGAACAACUUUGGGGAGAUUUGGACAAGGUGGGGGUGCUCGAUGACAUCACAAGUCAGAAAAUGUAUUUUAAAAUUAUUUAUAAACCGUAACGGCACAAACAAAAAAUUUUGCAGCACAAACGUAGCACAAACAUUUGAGACAAGUUUGCGGAGAUUUGGACAAGGUGGGGGGGCCAACUUCACACUGUAGUAAACACUUGCAGGCAUUUACUGCACCUGCAGUCAGAGAACUCGUGCAAAAGAUGGCACCAUAGCAUAAACCAGGGGUCGGCAACCUUUACCACUCAAAGAGCCAUUUUGGCAAGUUUCACACAUUAAAGAAAGUAAUGGGAGCCACAAAUAUGUUUUUAAAAUUUAAAAUGAAAAACACCGCAUACAAAGCUUACAUGCUUUGUGCUAUGUUAACCAGGGGUCUCAGACACACGCACCGGCACGCACUUUAAUGUGGGAAUUGGAUGUUAGUGCAGCCCGCGAGUUUUGGAUGAAUGUCGCUUGCGUCACACUUGCCAACCCUCUCAUUUUUCCCGGGAGACUCCCGAAUAUCAGAGCGUGAUGACACUGCAUUUGGCGCCCUCUACAGUCUGCCCAAUCAGUGUACCUGCUCGGCCACAAGUGGAAUGCAGCUUUAGCUUGCUCACGUAAGAGACAGCAAGGCUACUAACUCAGCAGCCACACAUCUUACACUGACGGUACCAAUACCCAGAAUCCCAUGCAGCCCUAACUCUUCCGCUCAA